AUGAGUAACCACACCAUCACAGAACAGCUACAGGGGUUUCCCAUUUUCCAGAUGGUGAUUGUUGGGUUGCUUCGACUAUCGGAGCCCAUUGCGUUUGCAAGUUUCCUAAGCUACAUUUUCUUUAUGAUCAAAAGCUUUAGAGUUGCCAAGGACGACGCGGAUGUCGCGAGAUACACGGGGUAUUUGGCGUCGGCAUUUGCGUUUAGCCAAUUCUUGAGCUCCGUGAGGUGGGGCAAGGCUUCUGACAAGUAUGGGAGAAAGCCGGUGAUACUAUUAGGCUGUCUCGGCACGGCUAUUUCGAUGGUUGUUUUUGGAUUCAGUACCAAUUUUGUCAUGGCGUUUGUUGCACGAGUCAUGAUGGGUCUCUUGAACGGCAAUGUGUCCAUCAUGAGAACAACGGUGGGGGAGAUUGCCGUGGAGAAGCGUCACCAGGGCAUUGCGUUUUCGAAUUUGAGCUUGCUCUGGAGUCUAGGCAAGUGCAUUGGAGCGUAUCUUGCAGGUAAAUUGACCGACGUUGACCAUUUCCGGAACUAUCGACGGGACGAGAGCGAGAACGAGAACGAGAACGAGAACAAGAGUGCCCACUCCGAGCCACUAUUUGUCCGAUUCCCCUUUGCGCUCUCCAACAUUGUCAUUUCGUCCUUGAUUCUAUGCUUUAUCGUUCUUGGGUGGUUGUUUCUUGAGGAGACAAACGAGAGAGUGAGCCAUAGACGCGACCGGGGGUUGGAGAUUGGCGAUGCCAUUCGCAGGCUCUUGGGAUUCGAAGUGCCUGUCCGGCCCUGGCAAAUGGGAAAAUCAGGGGACACAGAGUUUUUAAUGGAUGAUUCGUUGCGAGAGGACGAGGACGAGGACGAGGACGAGGGCGAGGGCGAGACCUACGAGAUGCAGCUGCUUACUUCCAACGAGGACAGCACGACAAAGAGGACUGAUAGUGCCCUUUUCACAUGGCCGAUAAUCUAUCGCAUUGCUUGCAACUUCCUAUUAUCGUUCUGCAACGUCAUCUACACCGAGUUUCUUCCUAUUUUAUUGUCAAAGUCGAUCGAUGUGGAGUCGUUGAAAUUUCCCAUCCACAGUCGAGGAGGGUUUGGAUACAGCACUGAGUCCGUCGGCAAGCUUCUCUCUGUCACAGGUAUUGUUGGAGUGAUUUUUGUCAGCUUGUUGUUCCCGAUAAUCAACAAGUACCUAUCACUUUUGACUGCUUUCCGAUCAGGACUAGGAUUUGUCCCACUAGUGUCAUUCAUCUUGCCAUUGAUCAUAUUCACGAUUCCAGAGUACAACCCACUAUUCCACCUGCAUGCCACAACAACCAGUUUAUUAUAUUUCAACACGUUUUUGUCGUCGUUUAUCGGGUCGAUUUCGUUUCUGCAAAUGACGCUUUUAAUCCAUCGUGCGUCCCCCAAACAAAACCGAGCCGUGAUCAAUGGUUAUACAAUUUCAUUUACUGCGUUUGCCCGAUUUCUUUCGCCGCUCAUCUGGGGAUCGAUCAUGUCUGUGUGUGACACGUAUGGUGUUGGUGUUGUUGCGUGGUGGUUGCUUGGGGCCAUUUACUUUAUAGUAUUCUUGUUUACGUUUCUUCUAAGUGAGGCUGACGAACAGGAAGGAUAG